UAUGUGACAUAUGCACUGUUUUUUCCCCAGUAAGUGUUUGUUUAAAUCUCUAAAAUUUCGAGUUAUCUUUGUCAAUUUCGUCUUAAAGAUAUUUUAUUAAAUUACAGUCCGCUCAAUUAGUUCAUCAUUAAACAUUUGUUCCUUCGGCCGGAUCCGUUGAAAAGUUACCUAUUUUUAGUAAAAUAUCAAAUUUGUCGUGUCGUAAUAUUUUUCUAAUAAAUUGGUGGGUAAAACUUUAAUUCUCGAUUCGGUUAAUGGCUGACCGGAAGUGUGACUUUUAUAGUAGAAUUUAGUUAGGUUGGUAGCAGUGUGACAGUUCGUUCAAUCCGCUCAUCUCGUUCGGUCUUAGUCUAUGCUUUGGUGUAUGGCAACAAUUCGGUUGUCAUCUCAUCUGUCAUUGUCAAAGUCAACAAGUUAAUUUUAUUGAGUAACGUAAACUGUUUAUUUAUAUUUUCGUUCUCGUUUUUCGAUAAAUCAACAGUGAUUAUUACGUGAAAAAUGUCGGACAUUGAUGUGAGCAAUAGAGACGUUGACAUGGAUAGGGUUGAACGCAAUUACGCGGUUAUGCGGUGAAGACCAAGUCUUCAACUGAAUUAGAAAAAGUUCAUCGUGUUUUUAGAGAAACAUUACAAGUGUUAGAAAGAUUCGACUUACCCGAUAAAAACUUUAUGUUAUUUCAUCUGUUGUGGGGAAAAUUGGACAAGGCGACUCGGGAGGCCUUCCUCCUCGAGUUCAAUUCCAAUGAAAUUCCAAAGUUUGAAUUGCUACAAGAGUUUGUUGAAAAACAAGUCCGCGCUCUGGAAGUAACGGAGGUUAAGCCCGUAACAAGUGCCAUUAAAGGUAAAGGCAAGGUAACACUAGUUGCCACACAACAAAAUAUAUGUGUUUUCUGUACUGAACUGCAUAACUUAGAAAAUUGUAAAAAAUUUAAAGUUUUAGACACUUCGGAGCGGUUCAAGGUGGUGAAAAACAAGGGCUUGUGUGUUUGUUGUUUCUCCAAAACUCAUAAAGUUAAACAAUGUCGAUCGGAUUGUCGGUGCAGUAUAUGCGGUUGUUCCCACAACACUUUAUUACACUUUGGAAAAAGGGAACCGGCUUCACCAGAGGCUGAACCAGCACCUCAGCCAACGGUGAGCGGUUUAAAUAGCAAAGUGACUUUGACGUCGGUCCAAAGUAAUGGAUUAGUUUUAUUUGCUACUGCUCGGGUAGCUGUUCGGGAUAGUUCAGGUAAUUAUCAAAUAGCUCGUGCUCUUUUGGACGGUGCUAGUGGUGUCAAUUUUAUUUCCCAUGACUGUGCUCGAAGAUUAGGUUUACAGGUAGAUGAUACUAGCGAGCCAAUUACUGGAAUUGGACUAUCUGAAGUUGCACCUAAGGGUAUGUUAUCAUGCUCUGUUAAACCUAUUGGAUCAGAAAUGGUUAAUUUUGACUUCCAAGCGUCAGUGCUUCCAGUUAUCUGUCCGGAGCAACCAUACUAUAGAGUCAAUACAUCGGAAUGGCAUCACAUUCAAGGUCUACCUCUCGCUGACCCUGACUUUGCGAAGCCGGGCCCAAUAGAUUUACUCUUAAAUGCAGAGAUCUUUGCAUCUUCCAUUUUAAGUGGUAAAAAGGAGGGCCGGAAGGGGCAGUCAAAGGCUUUGGAGACUGUUUUCGGAUGGGUUCUGAUGGGUGACUGUUAUGCCUCUCGUACACAAUCUUUCACUAAUUGUCGGAAAGAUUGUUUUUUCGUGUCGAAUGCUUCACAAUCAAACUUGUCGCUGUCGUUGGAUGAUUCUCUUAAAAGGUUCUGGGAACUAGAAAAUAUUUGUGGUCCGAGUAAACCUAUCUUGUCGAAAGAGGAUCAACUAUGUGAAGAUAACUUCCGUGCAAAUUAUUGUCGCACGAGUGAAGGCCGGUUCGAGGUACCUCUACCUUUCGUCGAUCCUUCGAACAAGCCUACCUUUUCGCACACUCGUGAAAUUGCAAUGCGGAGAUUUUUUUCGUUGGAACGCAAGCUUACAAAGCAUGCGGAUUUUCGUAAAGCUUAUGCCUCCUUUAUGGAAGAGUAUGAGGUCAGUGGUCAUAUGGAGCAGGUUGCGCCGCCUGUCUCUAGUGUCGGGAAUUUUAAUUACAUCCCACAUCAUGGUAUUUUGCGCCCCGAAUCUGUCAGUACACCUCUGAGAGCCGUUUUUGACGCAAGUUGUCGUGACAGCAAUGGGAUUUCGCUUAAUGAUACACUACUAGCUGGACCUAAGUUACAAACUAAUAUUUUUGAUGUCCUUACUAGGUUUCGAUGGCAUAAAAUAGUCUUUACGGGUGACAUAAAGGCCAUGUAUCGUCAAAUCCUCGUGCCAAACGAGGACGCUGAGUAUCAGCGGAUAUUGUGGCGACCUUCGACUGACGGCCCAGUUAAAGACUAUCGUUUGCGGACGGUAACUUAUGGUGUGAAAUCGGCUCCGUAUCAAGCUUUGCGCACAAUAGCACAGAUAGCGGAGGAGACUGCUGACUCCUAUCCUGAAGGGUCACAAGUGCUUGGGAGAGACAUUUAUGUUGAUGAUGUCGUGACAGGCGCUGACUCUAUUGAGCAAGCUUUAAAAAUUAGAUCAGAUUUAUCUGAAAUUUUGUCGUCGGGUGGGUUUCAUUUGAGAAAAUGGACCUCCAACCAUAAAGGUUUUAUCGUUGACCUUCCAUCUUCUGAGUUGUAUUCGAGUGAUUUUAAACAUUUUGAUGAACUUUCGGAUUUGUCCCUUAAAAUAUUGGGAUUGUUAUGGCGUCCACAAACAGAUUCGUUCCAAUUUGAGGUUGCAACACCACGUGAUCAGAAAUGUACUAAACGUACUAUUUUAUCGAAUAUAGCGCGCAUAUAUGACCCGCUAGGAUUCUUAUGUCCUGUCACGUUUCACGCUAAAUAUUUAAUGCAGGUCUUGUGGUCAUCUGGGGUGCAAUGGGACGAUGAUGUUCCAGAAGCAAUCACAUCAGAAUGGAUGAAAUUUACCGAUCAACUUCCGUCGUUGAAAUCUGUCGAUAUUCCCCGUCGCAUCAUCCAUUCGUUUGUUUCAUUACAAUUGCAUGGAUUUUGUGAUGCGUCGGAGCGUGGUUACGCUGCUGUCGUCUUCUGUCGUGUCGAUGACACACAAGGCUCUACUUUUGUAGAGCUUUGCUGUGCCAAAAGUAAGGUUGCGCCUCUGCGUAAAUUAUCAAUUCCUCGAUUGGAACUGCAGGCUGCCGUGUUGUUGGCAGACCUGAUGCAGUCAACACAAGAGGCAUUAAAACCUCUCUAUGUUGUUCAGGAAAUAUUUGCAUGGUCAGACUCGACCGUAACGUUAGCUUGGAUCAAGUCGUGCCCUUCACGCUGGAAAACAUUUGUUGCAAAUCGUGUGAGCCAUAUCCAGGAUCUUGUUGCUCCUGAUCGCUGGCGUCACGUCAGUACACACCACAAUCCUGCUGAUGCAGGAUCCAGGGGGUUACUGCCUGAAGAUUUGGUAGAGUGUGAUAUUUGGUGGAAGGGUCCGUCGUGGUUGGUAAAGGAAGAGAAGGAUUGGCCUUGCUCACCUUUGCACGAUCCAAGCAAUGACUGUAUUGUAGAGGAACAACGUAUCUGUAGCUUACUCGUGACGGCCGAUCCUAACUUAAUUGAUGAAGUCCUUAGCAGGUUCUCCUCGCUUUUCACAUUAAAGCGUGUGUUAGCCUACUGUUUCCGUUUUUUACGGUCAGCUAAGGAUGGAAAAGUUGUCGGAUCUCUACAGUCAGCUGAAACCACUGCAGCUCUCAUGUUUUUAGUAAAACAUGUGCAGCUCACUUCGUUCAGUGUAGAGAUCAAUCAAUUAAGGGAGGAUCGUUUGAACGCAUUGCCAAAGGGUUUGCGCAAGCUUUCAUUAUUCAUUGACAGUCAGGGUAUUGUCAGGGUGGGCGGUCGCUUGGCAAAUUCUCCUAUUAAAUUUUCUGUCAAACAUCCCAUUUUAUUGCCUCGCUCCCACCGACUCACUAUUUUAAUAAUUGACGAAUAUCAUAAAAGAUUUUUACAUCCAGGUGCCCAAACUUUACAAAAUUUACUUGCGCAAACGUUUUGGAUUUUGUCGCCAAAACGAGCAAUUCAGGCAGUGAUUGGAGGCUGCGUGAAAUGCUUUCGUGCCAAUCCCUCUGCGGCAUCUCCGCCGCUUAUGGGAAAUUUGCCUACUUUUCGCGUCUCGCAAAUUAAACCUUUUUCGAGUGUCGCCAUUGAUUAUGGAGGACCAUUUGAUAUCGCUUUCGGUCGUGGCCGUGGUGCGAAAACGUACAAAGGUUACAUCUGUGUUUUUGUAUGUACUAGUACCAAAGCCAUUCACAUAGAGCUUGCUUCAGAGUUGUCGACAGAAGCUUUCCUCUGUGUUCUUAAACGGUUUGUCGCUCGUCGUGGUCGAUGCAGUAACAUUGUCUCUGACCAGGGUAGGAAUUUUGUGGGCGCUAGUAACUAUCUUGGUUCACUCAUGAAAGGUGCUGCUGAUGCCCAAGAAAUUAAAUUCUCGUUUAACCCUCCGGGUACGCCUCAUUUUAACGGAUUAGCUGAAGCCGGGAUACGCUCGGUUAAGACUCACCUCGCACGGGUUGUAGGUAAUCAAAGGUUAACCUUCGAGGAAUUUUAUACAAUUCUGACUCAGAUUGAGUCUAUGCUCAACUCUCGUCCAUUGACACCUCUUAGCUCGGAUCCUAGUGAUCUCUCAGCCUUAACUCCAGGCCAUUUUUUAACUCUGGAACCGUUGUCGAUUGUCCCAGAGGAAAAUCUUGUAGAUAAAAAAGUAAGUGUCUGUAAUCGUUGGAAAAUGAUACAGAAAAUGCAUCAAGACUUCUGGCGUAGAUGGCACGCUGAGUACGUCCAUACUCUACAACAGAGGACUAAAUGGAAUAAAGUAAAUACAAACAUUGUCGUGGGUUCCUUGGUCUUGUUGAUUAACGAACAGACAAGCCCUUUAAAAUGGCCCCUUGGGCGCAUCGUUGCUCUACAUCCCGGAGUUGACGGUGUCUGUAGAGUGGUCACAAUUCAAACUGCUACUGGUCAGUACAGAAGACCAGUUGUGAAGCUGUGUCCUUUACCACUUUCAAAUUAACUUUCGUCGUUCUAGUAUUAUCACUUAGUUUAACAUUAUAGUUUUUAAGUAGUUUGUCGAACUCUAGCACUAUUUGUAGAGUAAAUAUUGCAUAUUUAGGUGAGCGGUAUGUUCAACUUUCGUAUGAAUAUCGGUUUUUUAAAAGAAACAACACUAUUUUGUCUUUAGCUUCCGGUGUGUUUAGCCCGGCACUAAUCAUUUCCGGUAGCCAUUACCUCACAUUCUUUUCGCUCUCGAUCUAACUUGCGAACGCGUCGCUGCAUUAAAAUUGCCAUUUAUUGCUAAUUAAAUAGUUAAAGUCACAUUUUCCCAACAAUUGUCGUUAAAUUAAGUUUA